GCACCGCCUAUUGACAUGCCCGGGUAGAAAAAGCAGAUAGCGAGGAGGCAACGUCAGUAAAGUCGCAGCGCUUGUGUCGAACGCAUCGGUGCAGGAGCAUACCCAUACAGACAAUCGUGAAUUUGAAUAUCUUCGUUGAAUAUAUCGUAUACUGAACGUGCAUUGGAAUAAUGGCUACAGCUCUCUUCACGAGAUCAACAACGCACCAUGGCUUACAUAUGCUGCCGGAGUGCUUCAUGCAGGGCAGCGUGCCUCCGUCGCAACCAGAAAUGAAGCCGCACAGCCCGCUCGCGAUGCUGGCGGCACAGUGUAACCGUGUCGGACACCCGCCGCAGCUCCCGCCGCCGCCGCCGCCGCCCGGCCCCGCCGGCAUGUCGAUGAGCCUCUCGCACGGACACAUCGCUGCGUCGUCGUCGGUAGCGGGAGCGACGAUGAUCGCGCACAACUACCACCAGUCGAACGCGUCGGUGCUGCAUGCCGCUGCCGCCGCGCAUCACCACCACCAUCACCACCAUCACCCGCACCACCCGUGGCAGCAGCCGGCCGAGCUGACGAUCAACACGAACGUCGUCACGCACGUGCAGCCGACGUACCGCAACCACGAGCUGCCGAUGACGCCUCCCGCCGAGCCGCUCGGCUUCGGCCAUCACGCGCCGACCAUGGGUCACUCGAUGUCCAUGCCACCACCGGGGGUCGGCGGUGGCGGCAUGCAGCAGCAUAGCAUCGCGACGCAUCAUUCAGCGUUCGUGUCGACGCCGAUGGCGGCGAUGCAGCACGGAGCCGCACAGAUGCAGCUCCUGUCGGCGCAGAAGCAGCUCAGCCAGCAGAUGUCGCCGAAGAACAGCAACAUGGACGCCGAUGUGCCCUGGUGGAGUCUGCAGACGCCGCAGAAGCCGGUGACGCCGCCCGCCUACGCCUACCCGCUGUCGCCCGCCCAUCAAAUGAUGCUGAGCACGUCGACCGAGUAUCAGAACCAGAUCGCCAGCAUCCUGUCGCAGAAGCCGCUCGCGACGGCGAGAAGGUGCCGCCGCUGCCGCUGCCCGAACUGUCAGGACUCGAGCAACUCCGGCAAUCCGACGAAGCGCAAACAGCACAUCUGCCACAUGCCUGGCUGUGGCAAAAUCUACGGCAAGACGUCGCACCUGAAGGCGCACCUGCGCUGGCACACGGGCGAGCGGCCGUUCGUCUGCAACUGGCUCUUUUGCGGCAAGUCGUUCACGCGCUCCGACGAGCUGCAGCGGCACCUGCGCACGCACACGGGCGAGAAGCGCUUCGCCUGCCAGGAGUGCGGCAAACGCUUCAUGCGCUCCGACCAUCUCAGCAAGCACAUCAAGACGCACGAGAACAAGCGCAGUAAACUGCGGCAGAUGGACGACGACGCCUGCGACACGGAGGAGGACAUCGACGUCGAAAACGACAUCAUCGACGACGACGUCGAUGAAGAGAUUUAGAGCGGACGUCGUCGCCGUCGCUCUGGCAAUUUUCGCCCUCUCUCUAACCGUUGUUGUGAUCCGUGUGAGUGUAGUCCAGAUAAAUGCAGUUUGCAAAUAUUUCGUGUGCAAUAUUAAUUCCAGUAUUUGAAGUGUGAGACGACGUACGGACGGAAUGCGCGCCAGUUUCAGUUGUAUUCGGGUUUCGCGUUGAAUGUGUUUGUCGCGUGUUUGAGGUGCAGUAAUAAUUAUUUGAGUGAGAUAAAUGCAAUCGGGAUUGAGACAAUGGUAUACUAUUUAUGAGCUGCUAAAUCAAACCGGCGUGUCGUUUCGAUUUGGUCCAAUAGCAAAUGAUGUUGUGCAUCGGCAUACGGUUAUAGUUAACGUUUAACAUUAAAAUUAUAUUAUUGCAGCUGUAAAUAAGCGCCUAAAAUAUUGUAAAGUAUAUAAGAAUUGUAUGAUACCCAAUGUAAAUAUUGUCGUUAUUUUCUUACGGAAAAUAUACAAUCGUGCUAUGAAAACAUA